AAAGGGCUACAAGGCCAUUUCAAUGCUGGCCAGCCAAAUCUUGCUUACAUGAGAGCUGCUCUUGAUGUUUUUGAUACUACUUCACUUCCAAUAUGGCUCACAGAAAGCUCUUGGAAGAAAUUCUAAGAGAAGGAUACUCUCAUCCUUCUGUUGAAGGGAUCAUCAUAUUUGCCCGUGCGGUAAUAGCUGGUUUCAAGGACAUGGCUCUCACUUAUGAGAAUUUUCAUAAUACUCCGGCCGAUGACGUUGUGGACAAGCUCAUCAGUGAGUGGCAAACUGAGUCUCAGAAAGCCAUAGUAGACAAGACUAGAUUUGUAUAUUUUUCACUGCAUCAUGCAGAUUAUGAUGUAACUGUGACACAUCAUCUUGACCACUCCUAGAAACCACUGAAUUUAAGCGUAAGGAAAGAUUCUACACUACAAACCAUCCAUGUCAAAAUGCUUUCAUAAAAUCUACAGCAAACAUGUACACCGUAAAAGAUCCUGAUAGUUUUUGUUAAAAUUUGAUUUUUAGUACACGAACGACCAAAGUGGAUUCCCUCACUCUAGUAAUAUGAAACAAGCACUCAAUAUAUUUGAAUAU